CCCUCGAGAACACAAAUUCCUAUAUCACAAUACCAUUGCAAAUGAUCUUCAAGGCACUCAAGUUGAUUUCGUUCGAUACAGUCCUCGCUUCAGUCAAGUGAGCGGGUCCUCUAAGUCCUGACCGACCGGGCACCACAUUGGCCAAACCCCACAUCUACGAUCAUCUUGGGAACUCAAUCGUCUUUGGAUCUAGCCGCCACGAUGCCAACUUUGGCGUUGAACAACUUCAACAUGGUUUGCGCUUCGCUGGGCGGUUUCAUUACACUAUUUGGGCUUGUGUCUUAUUUGAUGAAAGAGAAAUUCUACCUCUCGGAAGCACUGAUUUCACUCAUCGCCGGACUCAUCUUUUCCCCCCAUGCGACAAACUGGAUUAGACCCCAAGAGUAUGCCCUCAACUCCAUUGAGAACUUGGAAACAAUUACAUUGUACUUCACUCGCGUGGUGCUUGGAGUUCAACUAGUCCUUGCCGGCGUGCAACUGCCCUCAAAGUACCUUAAGACAGAGUGGAAGAGCUUGGCCUUGCUGCUAGGGCCUGUUAUGACGACUAUGUGGAUUGUCACCAGUCUACUCGUCUUCGCGCUGGUUCCCCACAUAAGCUUUCUACAGGCCUUGGCGGUCGGGGCUUGUGUUACUCCAACAGAUCCUGUAUUGUCCAACUCCAUUGUCAAGGGCAAGUUCGCGGAUAAAAAUAUCCCGAAGGAGCUUCAGAAGAUCAUUGUCGCUGAGUCUGGGGCCAAUGAUGGCUUGGGAUAUCCCUUCUUAUUCCUGCCGCUCUAUCUGAUUCAGCACAUCGGAAGCCAUGGGACCGAUGGCUGGGCUCAGGACGGGAAAGCUAGCACCGCAAUUGGGCUUUGGUUUGGAGAAACUUUGGGAUACACAAUUAUCUUGAGUGUCAUCUAUGGCGCCGUCGUAGGGUGGCUCGCAAAAGAGCUACUCCACUGGGCUGAGGAGAGGAAAUACGUCGACCGCGAAAGCUUUCUCGUGUUCGCCAUUACCCUCGCUCUGUUCAUCGUCGGUACCGUUGGGAUGAUCGGGAGCGACGACGUUCUGGCGUGCUUCAUCGCCGGCAACACAUUCACAUGGGACGACUGGUUCCGUCUAGAAACCAUGGACGACUCGUUCCAACCCACGAUCGACAUGCUCCUCAACGUAUCGAUAUUCAUCUGGUUCGGAGCAAUCUGUCCGUGGGCAGAGUUCUACCACAACAGCGUGAUCCCCAUCUGGCGGCUCGUCAUCCUUGGUAUCCUUGUACUCCUUCUCCGCCGCCCACCUAUUGUUUUCGGCAUGCACAAGCAGAUCCACCAGAUCGAGCAAAAGCGACAAGCGCUCUUCGUCGGCUUCUUCGGCCCCAUCGGCGUCAGCGCAGCAUUCUACCUCUACGUCAGCAUCGAGUUCCUCAACAAGAUCAAGGUCGACGGCGAGACACGAGAGGAUGCAGCGUACCUAAUAGAAGUCAUGAACAUUGUCAUCUGGUUCUCGAUCAUCUGCUCCGUCAUCGUCCACGGCCUCAGUAUCCCGCUGGGUAAACUCGGUUUCUUCAUCCCCCGCACGCUAUCUCGCGCCAUCUCCUCUCGAGGCGAGGACCCAGAGCCGUUUUACGUUCCCGAGGGCGCCGAAGAUGCUACCACGGAUAUCGAGCAGCGCUUGAGACGCCGGCCGGGCUGGUCUCGCACGGGCGGUGAUUCGCUGCCGAACCGUGUCGUCAGAAUUGGAAGGUCUAUCAUGCAGUCUGGCGAUCCCUCGAGGAGCGCGUCGAAGAGCAACGUGCAGAUGCCCAUGCCGCUCUCGGCAGCGCCAACAGUAGCGAGAGACGAGGGAGAAGGUGUGAGUUGCGAGGCAAUUGCGGCUGUGAGUGAUGCGGAUCUCGCUCUGAACAGGACUAUCCGCUUCCCAGAUGAGCAGCCCGUGGGCGCGAAGUGAUACCUGGAGAUUUUGGGUGAGUGGCGUUGUCCGUCAAUCACCAUAGUAUGCGCAUGUAAAUGCCGUGGCAUAGAAAUAUGUAGUCAUACAUGUCAAUCUACGUGGGUUCUUUAUUGACUCAUGACAGUGACACUUCCA